CUCCUGUCAUCGGCUGUGUGAUUGUGGAUGUGCCAACCACUCUCUCUGAGCCUCAGUUUUCUCAUCUGGGAAAUGAGAGAGCUGGCGAGCCCUCCUUUGGGGGCUGUUGUGAGAAUUGAAGGAGCCACCACAGCACCUAGUGGGGGUUGCUUCAACCCCCCAGGUUUCCCUGAAGAUUUUUUGAAAAGACAAUUUUUGAGAGAGAGAGAGAGGAAAGAGGGGGUUGGGUGAAUGAGACAGCGCGUGUGUGGCCUGAGAGGAGCUCUUAGGGAAGAUGCACGUACACUUGCUAAUAGGGUUUAAGUAGCUGUGAUUGAAGUAUCAAGGAUGAGCUUCCCAGCAGUGUGGAGAAAAGGGGAAAUAAAGUCACAUACAACUCAUUUCGCCUUGUCUGGCCCUUUAUGAUGGACAUGGCAGCCUGGCAAGUGGGUCUGUGGAAUCUCCCUCUGGACAUUUCCUUGCAUAAUCCAGGUGUUAGAUUCAAGAUUCAGGAGAGGCCAUGCCAAGACUUGGCACUGGGGAGGACAGUUUCACCCUACUCAAGCCACUGCCCUUCCCUGGGGACCCUCUUCCCACAGAAGCAGUGGCUAUCAGACUGGAUGUCCCUCUUCUGAACCCUGGGCUCUGCUCUUGGCCUCAAGCUUGAUGCACAAAAAGGGACAGGAGCCUCCCCUUGUUGCCAGCCUGCUGUAGCUGGGUGCCUAAUUCAGCAGUGCAACAAUAACCACUUUGAGCAGCAGGGCUGUGGGGGAUCAGCGCCAUCAUUUCAUUAAGCUGGGAGGUAUAAUGGAGGCGACAUAUCCUGCUUGGUAUGGGAGCAGACUUGAAGCCAAGUCCCUUUGACUCUGAAGCCUCUGUGCAGUUCGCUGUGAGACAGCACAGGUGGCCUGGGGUGAGAUUUGGCAUUGAGGUCAGGAGGAGCCCCAUGCCCAGAGAAAUCCCCUCUUCAUCCCAGGUGCUGGCCCCCGACCCCCUGAGCUUCUGGUCUCAAGUCGCCUGCACAUGUCACGUCUAGUUCUGGUGCAGGCUGAGUACUGGGGCUGAGUGCCCAGGUCUUGAAACUCUGAGGACCUCAGCUACUUUCCUGAGAGCAGUUUGGGGGAUUUCCAGACCAUGUUUGGGAGCAGGGAGGUAGUGGGAUAGGGAGGAGAUGGCGGUAGGGUGGCAAUGGGACUCUGACCCAGGCUUGGAGGGGCAGACCAGUGGGUCCCCCGAGGCAAUUGUUGAAAACACUAUGGCAUCCCCUCUUCCCUUCUAGUGCCUCUAAUGGCACCCCAAGAUGAGUCAAAUUUCCCACUAACCUUUACUAGAGGGCCACCCAUCAGGGGCAGUGGAAGUUGCAUCUAACCAAGGUGCUGGCUGCUCAGGAAAGAGUGAGCUUGUGACCCUCCUGCCCCAGAUCAUAAGCACCUGGAGGGCAGGACAAGGUGGGCAGGGGGCACACAACAGCACGUGUGCACAGGAAGGACUCAGUAAGGCAUGGGGAGUGCAGGAGGAAGAAGGGCAGGCAAGAUCUCAGGGACUUAUGCUCUCUAUAUCCUUGGGGACCAAGGUGAUAGGGAGUACAGUAGAGGCAUGACAAGCAUGGGAAGAGCUGCCUUCUCCAUUCGAGCAGCCCUAAAAUAACAGCUACUCUGCCGGGCUAUGUCUUCAGUGCUUACACAAGAUGUAGCACGCUGAUGGCAGGAAGCAGGAGGGGCUGCUUUAAGUGGCCGGUCAGGGCAGUUUCUCAACAGAGGUGAUCCCUGAGCUUCAGCCUGAAGGAUGACCAAGAACUGGCCAUGUGAAGAGCCCAGGGAGGACAGCACCUGACUGAGAAACAGCUGGUUUCUUGAGGCCUUGAGAUCCUGAACAUGGAGGACGAUCAGAACUGGUACAAGGCUGAGCUCCGAGGAGCUGAGGGCUUUGUCCCCAAGAACUAUAUCCGUGUCAAGCCCCACCCAUGGUACUCGGGCAGGAUUUCCCGGCAGCUGGCCGAAGAGAUCCUGAUGAAGCGGAACCACCUGGGCGCCUUCCUGAUCCGGGAGAGCGAGAGCUCGCCGGGCGAGUUCUCUGUCUCCGUGAAUCGCCCCGCGCCUGCUUUGCCCAGGCCCAGUUCGACUUCUCGGCCCAGGACCCUUCACAGCUCAGCUUCCGCCGCGGGGACAUCAUCGAGGUCCUGGAGCGCCCGGACCCCCACUGGUGGCGGGGCCGGUCCUGCGGGCGAGUGGGCUUCUUCCCGCGGAGCUACGUGCAGCCAGUGCACCUGUGAGCGCCGCAGAGCCGGUGGGGGGGCGGCGGUGUGUGCGGGACCUGACAUCCCGCGACAGGACGCGGACACCCCCUCCCCGGGUUACAAAGGACUCAGCGCAAAGUCUGAGGCUGAACUUUGGGUCCUGGCUGCUUCGGGACCCUUCGCACAAACUGGGACAGGCUCAAUCGCCCCAGAGCCGAGGCGAGGUAGCUCCAGGAUUCCUGUCUAGCCGCUUCCCACUGGGCUCCGGCUGUGUGACAUCACGAGGCAGGCUCUUCAGAGCCCCCGCCUACCGCCAGGGGAGCGCUUGAGGACUUCCUGCGUCCCACUGGCUGCGGCUCAACACAGAGAACUCUGGACUUGGUGGGUGGGGGCACCUGAGCGGACUGCCUGCAUAAAGGUCCUGGGGUUGUACGGGCUGUUGGGGAGGUAGCUCUGCCCCGAAGGACCUGGACUUACCCAGACCCUAGCUUCUCCACAGCCCCAUGCCUUUGGGGUCCACCUAGGGGAUACGGACCCCCAACCCCUACAGACACUUGGGCGGGGUUGAGACCCUGAGACCAGAACGAGGGGCAGCGGUAGUGGCAGGCGCAAAGGUGAUGGCUCCUUUACUGUUGGCCACUUGUACGGACAGCUCUGAGGGACAGACCCGGGCCCUGCCACGUGGGAACAUGGGGCUGCCAUGACUGUCCUUUGUCCUGGCUCUGCACAGACCAGGUCGGGCACUUGUGGGGAGAUAGGGCAAUCUACAGGGUAAUGGGAUGUUGGGGCCGGAGCUGGGUUUUGGUUGACCUGCAGUAGGAAAAGGGGCAGGCAGCCUAGGUAGCGGCUUGGCUUGAGUGAAGGUGGGACGUCCGGAUGGAAAAAAAUGGACACCUCCAGGAGCAGGAAGAUUGAAGUGGGACUUGGGAAGGGUUGGAAUGCUAGGUGGAGGGACCAUGAACUGGGUGAAGGAAGCUCCCUCCACCCACCUGUAGCAGGCAGGAUGGAGGAGGAGCCCAUCAGGCUACUGCAGCCCCUUGAGAGGGACCUGUGUUGUAGGCGUGCAGGGCUCCCACUCUGUCCAGGGUUGGCCCGAGACCCUUUGAGUACUGAGCCCUGGCAAAUUCCACUGCUCCUAAUAUGGGCCUGUGUAUUCAAAAUAAAAACCAUGGAACUAAUA